UUCGUAAAAACUUUCUGCGUGAAAAGGAGAUAGGUAUUAUUCCUUCGGGUGGAUAUCGGCGUGUCAACAAUCAAUCCCGCAAAGCGUUGAAAUUAUUGUCGAUAGAGCGCGAGCUCGAUCAUACUAUAACGCAUGUGGGUAGAUCUCGCGAACACUGCAUAGCGGAAGGGCUGCUCGUCGAUAGAUAUUACGAGGCAACGACCCUGCGCAGACACGUGCUGCAAUUUCAGAGGUGUUUUUGGCAUGGAUGUCCCGUGUGUUUUAGGGUGAAUCGUGAUAGCUUGCUCUCGACUACCGUAAAAGGGGAUACGAUUGACUCGCGAUAUGAGCGUACACGCGUAACAACAUCUCGUCUACAGAAGCUAGGUUAUGUCGUAACGGAGAAGUGGGAGUGCGUUUUCGAUCGGGAGCUGCAGGACAAUCAACCGAUAUGCGAAUUCCUUGCGAAUCAUUCGAUAUUAGAAACUGAGCCUCUCGAUCCUCGCGAAGCGUUCUUCGAUGGUCGCACAGGGAAUAUCGUCACCCGGUACAAUGUUACGGAUAUGAAGAAGAUACGUUACGUAGACGUAUGCUCCUUGUACCCGUUUGUGCUAAAGAUGGGCUUUUUUCCGCUCAGUCAUCUGGAUGUGUACGUGGACGAAGAAUGUUCCGCCUUGAUUGGUAUAGCCCCCGAUUUUGACUUUAGCAGAGUGUAGGGGAUCGUGCAGUGAAAUGUACUCGCUCCGCAUAAUCUCUUUCACUCUGUUGCCUUUUUCACUCUCAUUUCGCGUUCAUGGAAAAUGUUCGUCCUAUGCCGUAGUUGCAGCGAGACAUUUUCUCAAUCUUCGUACACGCAUGAUAAUCCGGCCGAUCGAGCAUUCGAAUAUACCUGGAUAUCCUGUGAAUUACGGAAAGCUAUAGAGAAGGGCUAUAGCGUCAGGCCCGUGAGCGAGAUAUGGAAAUAUCAGAUUUCACAAUAUGACCUAAGUACUCGGCAGGGAGGUAUGUUCGCGAGAUAUAUCAACUGCUUCCUGCAACUUAAGCAGGAGACUAGCGGAUGGCCUGCUGAAUGCACCGACGAUAAAGAGGCCAAAGAGCGAUACCUGCGGGAAUAUGAAAAAACAGAGGAUAUUGUUCUCGACAGGAGCAACAUUGCGGUAAAUCAGGGACUGCAAAGCUUUGCCUCAAUUCGUUCUGCGAAUCGUCAGCGAUCCAAUCUGCCAAAUACCGAGGUCGUUAAGACAUACGAACAUUUCAUGUCGCUGCUCACGAAUCUUGGCUAUGAAAUCAUAAAUUUAUUGCCCGUGAACCAUGAGGUUCUCUACGUCUCGUGGCGACUACGACAAGAGACGUUUGUUCCUUUUGCAACUACAAACGUCGUAAUAGCUGCCUACAUGACGGCACAGGCGCGCUUGAAGAUUAUUUAGAAAAAUUAGACCGUCGAGUAUUAUAUUAUGAUACUGAUUCAUGUAUUGGCCAAUAAGUCCGUGCGGUUUUUUAUUUAUAAAUGAUCGAUGAUUAUUUAUAUAGUAGGUAAUAACCAGGACGUGCAAAUUCUUAUGAAGCGAAAAUGAUUAACAUUAGCAGCGCUCUCUGAGAUGGGACAUGUGAGAAAUCGGAACUAAUUUGUGGCCGCCAUAUUGCUACAGUUGCGUUCGCUUUAAUGCUUUAGUGCUUUAAGCCUUCAAUAAGAAAAAAAAAGUGUUACGAAGAAGAGGUGUUACGAGGAAGAAGCACGAGAAGAAGCAGAAGGACUACAAGAAGACUUCAACAAGGGAAGAA